AUGGACGAGGAGAUGCGGUCUUUGUUGGAGAACGGGACUUGGGAGCUCGUCGAAAAACCGGAGGGGGUGAAGCCGCUUCCCAUGAAGUGGGUUUACAAGAUUAAGCGGGAUGCGCUUGGGAACGUGGAGCGGUAUAAGUUUCGAUUGGUGGCGAAGGGGUACUUGCAAAAGCAAGGAAUUGACUUCGAGGAGGUCUACGCCCCGGUGAGCAAGCACACAAGCUUGAGGGCGCUUCUCGCGGUGGUUGCGGCGCGUGACCUAGAGCUUCACCAACUCGACGUCAAGACGGCGUUUCUCAACGGCGAGUUGGAGGAGACGAUCUACAUGCAGCAGCCGCAGGGGUACGAGCAAGGCGGGUCGGAGAUGGUUUGCCUCCUCAAGCGCUCCCUUUACGGGUUGCGCCAGGCACCGCGGGCAUGGUACCUGCGCCUGAAGGAGGAGCUCGGGUUGCUUGAGUUUGGGGCGUCCGUUGCGGACGCGGCGCUUUUCGUGGGGGAGGUCGACGGGGAGGAGGUCUUCCUUCUCGUUUGGGUGGACGACAUCCUCAUCGCUAUUCGUGGGAAGGACCGCGUGGCGAAGGUGAAGGCGCACCUCGCGCGGACGUUCGACGUGAGGGACUUGGGGGAGGCGACUUACUUCCUCGGGAGUGAGUUGGCGCGCGACCGGGAGGCGCGCACUCUGAAGCUGACGCAGAAGAGGCAGACGGGGGAGCUCCUUGGACGACACGGGUUGGCGGGCGCGCGGCCGCGCUCGGUUCCCCUCGGCACGGCGGGGAAGCUGACGAGGGAGGGGACUCCGCUUGACACGGCGAAGUUCCCCUAUAGCGAGCUCAUCGGAAGCUUGCUCUAUUUGAGUGUUUGCACGCGGCCCGACAUUGCUCAGGCCGUGGGGGCAUUGGCGCGCUACACAAGCGCGCCAACGGAGGCGCAUUGGGCGGCGGCGCUCGGGGUGGUGCGCUAUUUGGCGGGGACGGCGGAGGCCGGAGUAACCUUUGGGGGGAGCGAUGAGCUCCUUGAGGUGUUCUGUGAUGCGGAUUUUGCAGGGGACGUUGACAUGAGGCGUUCCACGACGGGGUACGUCUUCCUGAUGUACGGGGGCGCGGUGAGUUGGUCAAGCCGUCUGCAGCCGACGGUGGCGGUGUCCACGGUGGAGGCGGAGUACACAGUGAGCGCGGCGCAGGCGGUGAAGGAGGCGCUAUGGUUUCGCAAGCUCGGGGGAGACUUGGGGUUGGGGCUUGGGACGGUCCCAAUCGACUGCGACAACCAAGGGGCAAUACAGCUCCUAAAGCAUCCGGUCGCAACACUGCGGUCGAAGCACAUUGACGUGUUGCAUCACUUUGCACGGGAGCGGGUGGCACGCAAGGAGGUUGGGUUCGCUUAUUGCAGGACGGAGGACAUGAAGGCGGACAUCAUGACCAAGGCGCUGACUCCGGGGAAGUUCUUCAAGUGUCGCAACAAGGAAAACUCCCAUGUGGGAAGUACCUCCCUUUGGUGCCCCUUUAAGCACCCGUGA